UAAAAUAGAAUAAUUUUUAUCAAGAUGCCUGAGCCAGCAAAAUCUGCUCCCGCUCCCAAGAAGGGCUCUAAAAAAGCUGUUACUAAGACUCAGAAGAAGGGCGAUAAGAAGCGCAGAAAGACUAGGAAGGAGAGCUAUUCCAUCUACGUGUACAAAGUGCUGAAACAAGUUCACCCGGACACCGGUAUCUCCUCUAAGGCCAUGGGGAUCAUGAACUCCUUUGUGAACGACAUCUUCGAGCGUAUCGCUGGGGAAGCGUCUCGUCUGGCUCAUUACAACAAGCGUUCAACCAUCACUUCCCGGGAAAUCCAGACCGCUGUGCGCCUGCUUCUGCCGGGGGAGCUGGCCAAACAUGCUGUGUCUGAGGGCACUAAGGCCGUCACCAAGUACACCAGCUCCAAGUAAAUCGUCUGCUGUAAGAGUACGAACACCUAUAACCUAAAGGCUCUUUUAAGAGCCAUCCAUUUCCUCAUCUAAAGAGCUCUGAUAUCAUUAACUGUUCGUGCUUAUGUUUUUCAAACGCAGUGUAUUUUUUUUAAAAGUGCUUUAGUCUCCGGCGACUUGUGAAAGCAUUUUUUUAAAUUGCGUAUAUCCCCUAAAUCGAGAGGAGGUGGGGACUGAUUUCGCUUUAGUAAAUAGUAUUAAGUCCAUUUAAAUUAUAUCAGGGUUUCAAAUUGUAAUGAAAAAUGUCGGUGUCAGUCGUUCAAGUUUCCCCACCUCCCAAGCAAUAGUCGAUGAGGUGUCAUCCCCACCAGAUAUAAAAUGGCUAAACGGUUUGUCCGGUAAAUAAAAUUUGAUAUUUUAUCAGAUUACACUGUUCAGUUCUCUAAUUGAAGAUUUCUAGAGGUUCGAAUAAAGUUUUGGCUCCAUGAA